AUGGACUGGGGAAGGCCCAGGACAGCGAGGACGCUCCUGCUGCCAGGAGCCCCCAAGCUGUACAGGAAUUCCAAUCUGUAUUGGGUCGGCAUUGGCUUAGGCCGACGCGCUGGCGGGCCGUCCACCGGGGGUCUUGAGGAGAUGUCCCUUGCUCCUGCCUGGAGGACUGAGGUCCUCAUCUGGAAGGAGGACGGGGUCCUCAUCUGUAAGGAAGGUCGGCUGCCAGCCUUUCCGGUUACCUUCUGUUUCCUCUCCGCAGCCGCGCUGGAACAUUUGUCUGUGUUAUUGUGUUCUUGUUACCUGUUUUGCUGCGCUUGUCUGUAUUACUGUGUCUUUUACUGUCAUAACUGUCUACAUAAGGAGAGGGGACAGCAGGUGAUGGCGGCGGCGGCGGCUCUUCUAGGCUGGUUGUUCACCGCGCUGUGCCUGGACAUCGCCGCAGGGGAGGCCGCGUGGGGCCCGUGGGUGCUGGGCGUCUGUCGGGAGGAAAACGGAGACAAGGACACGGGGUGGGCGCGCGGAGCAGAGGCGCGGGCUGCCCCGGAGGCCACCUUCCUCCUGCGCCUCUUCGGCUUAGGCUUGGCCAACAGCUCCUGGUCCUGGGUGACCCCCGAGGGGGCGGGCUGCCCGAGGGCCUGCUGGCCGCGACGCCCGGGAAGGCAGCGCCUGGAGCCCACGCGGCGCUGGGUCGGCAGCGCCCUGGGCGCGCUGUUGCUGCUGCUCAGCCUGGCGCAGGUGGUGCUGGCGGUGCUGCUGUACUGCGCAGUGGACCAGCGCACUGUGCCCGUGCUGGGCAGCGCGGGGCUCGUGUUCCUCGUGGGCGAGGUGGUGCCGGCCGCUGUGAGCAGGCGCUGGGUGCUGGCGCUGGCCCCGCGCGCGCUGCUGCUCAGCCGCCUGGCCGUGCUGCUGACCCUGCUGGUGGCGCUGCCCGCGGGCCAGCUGCUGGAGCUGGCAGCGCGGCCCGGGCAGCUUCACAAGCGCGUGCUGGAGCUGGCCCGCGGUGGCAAUGCCUACAGCGACCUCAGCAAGGGAGUGCUGCGCUGUCGGACCGUGGAGGAUGUGCUCUCGCUGCUCGAGGACUGCUUCAUGCUGGACUUCGGCGUCCUAGCCAACAUCAUGCAGAGCAGCCACACAUGCAUCCCGGUGUACGAGGAGGAGCGCUCCAACAUCGUGGACAUGCAGAACCUCAAGGAUUUAGCCUUCGUGGAUCCCGAAGACUGCACGCUGCUCAGCACCAUCACCCGCUUUUACAACCAUCCGCUCCACUUCGUCUUCAACAACACCAAGCUGGACGCCGUCCUGGAGGAGUUCAAAUGAGGGAAGUCUCACCUGGCCAUCGUGGAGAAGGUGAACAACGAGGGUGAAGGUGACCCCUCCUACAAGGUGCUGGGCCUCGUCACCCUGGAGGACGUUAUUGAGGAGAUCAUCAAGUCUGAGAUCCUGGAUGACUCUGAGGACUACCGAAAUGCCACCAUCAGGAAGAAGCCUGCUCCUCUGAGUGCCCCUCUCCUGCAAAAAGAGGAAUUCUCCUUCAAGGUGUCUGACAAUGAAUAUAAAGUGAAAAUCUCACUUCAGCUGCUCUUGGCCACCCAGCACUUCCCGACUCGAGAGGUGGAUGUAUUCAGCCCCCUGUGGAUCUCCAAGAAGGUCCUGCUGCACCUGCUGAAGCAUCCCAGCAUCAACCAGGAAGUGAGGUUUGACAAGAGCAACCGUCUGGCUGCACAUUACCUGUACCAGCGCAGCCAGCCAGUGGAUCAUUUCAUUCUCAUCCUGCAGGGCAGGUUUGAGGUGGAGAUCGGGAAAGAGGGCCUGAAGUUUGAGAAUGGAGCCUUCACCUACUACGGAGUGUCCGCCCUGACAGCGCCAUCCUCCGUUCACCAGUCCCCAGUGUCCUCGCUCCAGUCCGUCCACCACGACCUGGAGCCAGAGCCAGCCGAUGGUGCUCGCUUGUCUGCAUACUGUCCUGACUACACCGUGAGGGCCCUCUCCGACUUGCAGCUCAUCAAGGUCACGCAGCUGCAGUACCUCAAUGCACUCCUGGCCACUCAAGCCCAUACCCAGUUAGGGGAGCAAGAGGGCGCCAGGGGAUGGUUGGUGUGGGCUUUCUACUUUGUCUUUUUCUCCUUAUGCCCCCUUAGUGAGGGGUGGGAGCUCUGGUGGCAACUCCAGGGUGGGGAGACAAGCCCCGGAGUCGGAAAAGCUGGGUUUGCUUCCGGGCCUAGCCACCACCUGGCCGAGUGA